CAGAAUCAAAACGUGGCAAGGUCUUGGUCGCAGUACCCACCCUCCCAUCGAAUAUUCCAAGGCAUCGCUCCGAGCUUCGAUCUCCAAACCUAUUCUCCCUUCUCUCUAUAAAUAAAUGCCCCACCUCCCAGUCCUCUCCCCAUCCUUCCCCCUCCAACCCUAUAAUAGUAUAAUGUGUGAGCAACUCAAAGGGCAGUACCAGUUGUGCCAAGAGAUCGGUCGUGGUCGGUUCGGCACCGUCUUCCGCUGCUUCCACUCCGUCUCUAACGAUUUCUUCGCCUGUAAAGUCAUCGACAAGCGCCUUCUCACCGAUUCCAUCGACCGCGAGUGCCUCCAGAAUGAACCCAAGUACAUGGCUCUCCUCUCCCCCCACCCUCAUAUUCUUCAGAUUUUCGACGUCUUCGAGGACGAAGACUUCCUCUCCGUUGUUGUCGAGCUCUGUGAGCCCCUCACUCUCCUCGACCGCAUCAUAGAUCGCCCCUUGCUGGAGACUGAGGCCGCUUCCGUCAUGAAGCAGCUCCUAGAAGCGAUUGCGCAUUGCCAUCGUCUCGGCAUAGCCCACAGGGACAUCAAGCCCGACAAUAUUUUGUUCGAUUCCCAGAAUAAUCUUAAGGUCGCGGACUUUGGAUCGGCUGAGUGGUUCGGCGACGGAGGGACCAUGAGCGGGGUGGUGGGGACGCCGCAUUAUGUGGCGCCGGAGGUGCUGCUGGGAAGACCGUACAACGAGAAAGUAGAUGUAUGGAGUAGUGGAGUGAUAUUGUACAUAAUGUUGUCAGGGAUUCCGCCUUUUUACGGAGAAUCGGCCGAAGACAGCUUUGAGGCUGUGUUGAGGGCUAAUCUGAGGUUUCCGUCUAGAGUUUUCAGGUCCGUGUCUUCUGCUGCUAAGGAUCUAAUGAGGAAGAUGAUGUGCAGGGAUGCAUCCAGGCGAUUAUCUGCAGAGCAAGCCCUGAGGCACCCUUGGAUCCUGAGCGGAGGAGAGGCCACCGAUCUGACUUGAAAAAUGGGGAACACGCGAACCAACAAUUGAACAAAUUUUGCCUCUGUAUAUUUGUUCUUCGUUGCUUCCGUCCGGCCGUGAAAGCUCCAAUAAGAUUCGCAGGCAGUCUUCCGCUAGGAUCUAUCUCCGGGACGAGCAGAGCCUUCAGCCUGUAGAUUCCAAAGCGAACGAGCUCCGCUAGUUCUUUCUUUUUGAUAUGUAAAAUUUCUGGAGAUGUAGAGUAGAGAGCAUCUGAAACUGAGCUGUAGAUACACGUGGUUUGAGCAUCCUGCUUUAUGGGUAUCAGAUGGUUUUGUAAUUUGCUUUGCGUCCUAAAAAGUUAAUAGGAAGUGAGGAAGCAGGGGCAUAUCCUACCCCUCUUUGAAGCAGGGCCAUGUUUCUGGUUCUUGUUUUUCCUGUAAUGGGAGUGGUUUGGACUGUGAAUGCUUUUAAUCCUGUAAUUCUGAUCUGUUCCUCCCCCGCUAGGCUGUGGUGUGAAGAGUUAAUUAAAUAAAUACAAGUAUGAUAAGAUAUGGAGAAAAAGACGAGGGGCAGUACUGGUAAUUUAGUACCACUUAUCAGGUCUCACGGGUUGAAGAUGGUGUCGUCACGCAUGGCGUUUUCAGCUGGAAAUUAGAAUGGAGGAAGGGUGGGUCUACCUACCAGUCCCCACGGUUCAGCUUCAAAAAAAAACAAUAUAUAUAUAUAAAUUUCUAGAAUCAAAGCGGAAGUCAUGUAACAUCCCAAUAUAAGCGCAAGAAUUUCUGGGGUUAUUGUAUUCGUGCCCGUUAAUUAAUGAAUACUAUAUUUUGGCCUCU